CGCACCGGACAUCUCCACCCAAACACACACCAUCCACCAGUUCAUCUCACUGAGCUCGCAGGCAGCCCCAGCCACCAGCGAAAUGGCCGCGUCGGCGCUGCACCAGACGACCAGCUUCCUCGGCACCGCCCCGCGGCGCGAUGACCUCGUCCGCAGCGUCGGCGACUUCGGCGGCCGCAUCACCAUGCGCCGGACCGUCAAGAGCGCGCCCCAGAGCAUCUGGUACGGCCCUGACCGUCCCAAGUACCUGGGCCCGUUCUCCGAGCAGACCCCGUCGUACCUGACCGGCGAGUUCCCCGGCGACUACGGGUGGGACACCGCCGGAUUGUCGGCUGACCCAGAGACCUUCGCCAAGAACCGGGAGCUGGAGGUGAUCCACUCACGGUGGGCGAUGCUCGGCGCCCUGGGGUGCGUGUUCCCGGAGAUCCUGUCCAAGAACGGCAUCAAGUUCGGCGAGGCCGUGUGGUUCAAGGCCGGCGCCCAGAUCUUCUCCGAGGGCGGCCUCGACUACCUGGGCAACCCCAACCUGGUGCACGCGCAGAGCAUCCUGGCCAUCUGGGCGGUUCAGGUGGUGCUCAUGGGCUUCAUCGAGGGCUACCGCGUUGGUGGCGGCCCCCUCGGCGAGGGCCUCGACAUCAUCUACCCGGGCGGCGCCUUCGACCCACUUGGCCUCGCCGACGACCCCGACACCGCCGCCGAGCUCAAGGUGAAGGAGCUCAAGAACGGCCGCCUCGCCAUGUUCUCCAUGUUCGGCUUCUUCGUGCAGGCCAUCGUCACCGGAAAGGGACCCGUUGAGAACCUCUUCGACCACGUCGCCGACCCAGUCAACAACAACGCGUGGGCCUUCGCCACCAACUUCGCCCCCGGAAGCUAAAUGUGUUUAGCCAUCCGUCCGUCCGUCCGUCCAUCGGACGAGAUAUGCAUGUGUACUUGUACGUCGUGGAUCAACGUGUAGCUGCACGUACUUUGUGUUUUUAUUUGUACCGUGAUCGAGCGAGCGAGAGGUCCUCUCGCUAGCUGUGCGCAAUGUAAAUUAAUUAAGCACAAGGUGUGCACGAGGGAAUGGACGGAAGAAUCGUGUGUCAUCACUCAA